AUUAAAAAAGGAGAAAAGAUUGAAGAAGAAUCGAAAAGAGCUUUUUAUAAUUGAAGAGUUGUCGGACCGUUCCGUUCCUCGUCGCCCAAAUUCUCCGCCUACCGUCGUCGAUCAGAUUCCGGCUUAAAAAGCUUCUGUUAAUUUCGACGAAGAAAGUGUUUUAGAGUGUUUGGUUUUACGAUAGAAGUUUCUCGAGUGAAGAAGAAAGGGAACGAUGUUGGGAAUUGUAAAGCAAAAAAUGUUGGGGCAGUCCGUAGCGAAGAUUCGUCCUGCAGUAUCUGCACUAAGAAGUUACUCAUCUGCUGCUAAACAGAUGACUGUGAGAGAGGCAUUGAACUCUGCACUUGAUGAAGAAAUGUCUGCUGAUCCUAAAGUAUUUUUGAUGGGCGAAGAGGUUGGGGAAUAUCAAGGUGCAUACAAGAUAUCCAAAGGGCUCUUGGAGAAAUAUGGUCCUGAAAGAGUUCUUGACACGCCUAUUACUGAGGUCAAUAUUUGACUUGUCUAUUUUUCUCUCUCUUUCUUUCUU